AUGUUCUGUUAUGUCAAGAUGUCAAGUGGGUGGUACGGUGUGGAUCGUUUACUGUAUGAUGCAUGUUCUGCAUGUGUGCACGGCUGCAUUAUGGACGAGCUAUGGCGCAUGGCGCAUGCACAAGGCGCGGGUCACUGGCGACGGAAGCGAAUAUUGGCUGCAUGA